CGUGGAGCGACCCUGGCAGGGCCUGCCUUUACCAUGCACAAGGUGGCUCUGGCGUCCACGGAUUUGCCUGGCUCGACCCCCUGCUGCGAGGAGACGCCGGACGCUUAUUGCCCAGAGGAUGAGCGGUGGCAGAAGCUGCGCACGGCGGUCCGGAAGCUGGAAUUCUGGGAAACCUUUGAAGUGGAGCUGAUAGGCAGCGGCUUCUUCUCCAAAGUCUUCAAGGUUGUUCCCCGUCCUGGGGGAAAGGCCAUGGUGGUCAAGAUUUACAAGAACGAUGCUGACCAGGAGGGGAUUGUGAGGGAGAUCAGCUUGCUGCAAAAACUCUCCCACCCCAACAUCGUCAGGUACCUCGGGAUCUGCGUGAAGGAUGACAAGCUGUACCCCAUUCUGGAGUACGUGAACGGCGGGUGCCUGGAGGAGCUGUUGGCCUGCAAAGAUGCCCCGCUCAGCUGGAAGGAGAAAGUGGGCUUGGCCUCGGACAUCACCCGCGGGAUGGUCUACCUCCACUCCAAGAACAUCUACCACCGCGACCUCAACUCCAAGAACUGCCUCAUCCGAGUGACCCAACGAGGGAGGGAGGCGGUGGUGACCGACUUCGGGCUGGCCAAGGAAGUGGCGGAGCUGUCGGCCAAGAGUCCGGAGAGGAAGCUCUCGCUGGUGGGCUCAGCCUUCUGGAUGGCUCCCGAGAUGCUGCGGGGGGAGCGCUACGACCAGAAGGUGGACGUCUUCUCCUUUGGCAUCGUCCUCUGCGAAAUCCUGGGCAGGAUCCCCGCUGACCCGGAGGUGCUGCCUCGAACUCAGGAUUACGGGCUGGACGUGGCCGCCUUCCACAGCAUGAUCCACGGGUGUCCCACGCGGGUUUUGGAUUUGGCUGCCAGCUGUUGCAAGAUGGAAGCUUUCAAACGCCCUUCCUUCUCCGAGAUCCUGGAGGAACUGGAGGACAUAGCGGAACGGCUAGAGGUCCCGGCGGAGGAGCAGUGCCCAGGUUGACCCACCCUGGAGUUGGGGCGAUGUGGACUGAAACAUGCCUGUGUAUCUCAAAGGUUCUACGGGGGGGGGGGGGGAGGACCGGGGCCCCUGGGGCAGAUCGGAGGCUCGGACAGUGGAAGAUGGACUGCCCCUUUUUCCAGAUGCUCAGAUUCUUGUGGACCAAGCAACAAGUGUUGCCAGAAAGCAAACCGCCAUCACCACCGCCCCCCCCCGAUUUAGAUGGCUCUGGCCAGUGAGCCCAGCCGCACGCCUGCCGCAGCC